GUGUGGAUCAGUGAGUGUUCGUCCCACUUCCACUCAAUGGGAAUGGGAUAUCUGAUCCGAAGCCAAAUUCCAGACGCCCACAUGGCAGAUUGCUCCACUUCUGAACUGUGAAUGGCAGAGUAGAGUAAACUCCUUUCUGAUUCAUCUUCAUCAUCGACAUGCCAUCCUCACUCUCUCUGUCUCCUCCAUUACCUCUCCACCCAAACCCCACCCGCCGCCGCUUCCAUAGAACCGCCACUGCCCCUCGCUCUCUCCGCAUCAAAUCCUCCAUAGACAACAAACCACCCACCACCAAGCCCGGCUCGUGGGUCAGCCCGGACUGGCUCACUUCCCUGACUCGGUCCCUCAGCUUUGGCAAAGACGAUUCCAACAUACCCAUUGCAACCGCCAAGCUCGAUGACGUUUCGGACCUUCUGGGCGGAGCUCUGUUCCUCCCGCUUUUCAAGUGGAUGAACGACUACGGCCCCAUUUACCGGCUCGCCGCCGGUCCGAGGAACUUCGUGGUGGUGAGUGACCCGGCCAUUGCCAAGCAUGUGCUCAGGAAUUAUGGCAAGUAUGCCAAGGGGCUUGUUUCGGAGGUCUCUGAGUUCUUAUUCGGCUCCGGUUUUGCCAUUGCCGAAGGCCAGCUUUGGACGGUAAGGCGCAGGGCAGUAGUUCCAUCACUUCACAAGAAGUACUUGUCAAUAGUUGUUGAUCAGGUAUUUUGCAAAUGUGCUGAGAGAUUAGUGGAGAAGCUCAAAAUGGACACACUCAAUGGCUCUGCUGUGAACAUGGAGGAACAAUUUUCUCAAUUGACUCUUGAUGUAAUCGGUCUUGCUGUAUUCAACUACAACUUUGAUUCCCUUACUGCUGAUAGUCCUGUUAUUGAUGCUGUUUACACUGCAUUAAAAGAAGCAGAGGCCCGUUCCACUGAUCUCUUACCAUACUGGAAGAUUAAAGCUUUAUGCAAAGUUAUCCCACGACAAAUAAAAGCUGAGAAAGCUGUUACAUUGAUCCAAAGAACUGUUGAAGAACUCAUUGCUAAGUGCAAAGAGAUUGUAGAAUCUGAGGGUGAAAGAAUUAAUGAGGAGGAGUAUGUAAAUGAUACAGAUCCAAGCAUUCUUCGUUUCUUGCUUGCUAGCAGAGAGGAGGUUUCAAGCAUGCAACUACGAGAUGACCUUUUGUCAAUGCUUGUUGCUGGUCAUGAAACCACUGGCUCAGUGUUGACUUGGACAACAUAUCUUCUAAGUAAGGAUCCCUCCGCUUUAGAGAAAGUGCAGGAAGAAGUUGACAGAGUUUUGCAAGGCAGGCCUCCAGCUUAUGAAGAUAUUAAGGAUCUAAAAUUUCUGACUCGUUGCAUUACUGAAUCACUUCGUCUCUACCCUCAUCCUCCUGUCUUACUUCGAAGAGCUCAAGUUCCUGAUGUGCUUCCUGGAAAUUACAAGGUUAAUGCAGGUCAAGACAUAAUGAUUUCAGUUUAUAAUAUCCAUCAUUGUGCUCAGGUCUGGGAGAAUGCAGAAGAGUUUAUACCAGAAAGAUUCGACUUGGAUGGUCCAGUGCCUAAUGAAACAAAUACUGAUUUCAGAUUCAUCCCAUUUAGUGGAGGACCUCGCAAAUGUGUGGGCGAUCAAUUUGCUUUGCUGGAAGCCAUAGUUGCUCUUGCAAUCUUUCUGCAGCACAUGAAUUUUGAGUUGGUUCCUGAUCAGAAUAUCAGCAUGACUACUGGCGCCACUAUUCAUACAACCAAUGGUUUGUACAUGAAAGUAAGCCAAAGGCAAAGUAAACCUGCAGCUGCACCAAUAUCUUCUUCUAGGUGAGGUUGUGGAACUGUAAUUUUCAUGUAAUAACUUUAUAUAUUUUUGUGUUAAUGUCCCAUUUCAAAUCAUCUCCAAGAUAUAGUCAUUUGUGCGGCUGAUGAUAAGUAAAUGAGGAAUCAAUGUGCAGCUGCUUGGAACUGCUUCAGGCACCACAGUUUUUAUUAUUUCUCUCUCUAUCUACAUUUCUAUUGUUAUGUCAUUACUAGCAUCUGAACUAGCUAAUUAAUGGACAAGCCAUCAGUUCUAAUC